GGAAUUUGUCUGGUGAGGGUUCAACGUCAAGCUUUCGCACUAGGCCAUCGUUGCAUCCACGAGGCAGCAAUCUGGAUGUUGAUGCGCCUCCCGUUCGUGCGGUGGUGAAUCAUCGGUGCCUGAUACCAUCCAAGUCACCUGCUCCUUCUCCUGCUCCUGCCACGUCGAAUGUCGCUGGCCACUACCCAACUAGGUAGCCACCAAGGUGACUGGCUGAGCGAGUGACUCGAGGUCUCUGGCUUGGUAUGAAUGAACCUUGGAAAUAACCACCAUCUCCAUCCUUUCUACCAUAGCUUUUAUUUAUUUUUUUCCCCCCAUCCUAUACUCUGAUUCUUCUGGCUUUCAACAAAAAAAAUCCAAACAACAACCUACUCCUCAUCGCGACCUGUCCGGCCAUGACGACGAUCCGUAACCUCGCGGUGCUCUUGGCCUUGUGGUCCCUGUGUCUCAUCAAAGGCGCCUGGGCUCAAGACGACGACGUGGAUGCCUGCGCUGUAAGUGAACGACUCUCGCUGGGCUUGGACCGUGCCGUGCGCUAAGAUGGCUCGAAAAGCUCGAUUGCGUCGCAAAUGUCAACGGCACGGAUUGUCAGCGAAGGUAGGGUAUCCACGACAUCUUGCGCGAUUUAAUGGGCAGAGGGCCUUUUGCGGGAUCAGUGGGCUAAUAGCGGCGAAAGCGAGUGGCCCUGCCUGUGUGCCAACAACAUGUACAUCGAGAGACUCAACAACUGUACUGUGGCUUCCUGCAAUGCUACGGAUCAAGAAAUCACGUUUUCUGCAAUAGCUGAGAUUUGCGCAAUAUUCAGCGUGCCUGUGACCAUUGGACCCGAGGCCACCGUUUCUACGUCGACAUCGAAUCCUUUGUUCAGCACCGUGGCCAUACCAAGUCAAUCGACCAUGCCUCCCGCAACAACUCCCACGUCCUCAAGUGCUACCGUGACGUCAAUGUCAACCAGCGGUGCAAGCACUUCGACGAGCUCGACCACGACUUCUCCGGCCGCCUCUGCAACUUCCACUGGCUUAUCAGCUUCUCCCUCGCAGUCGUCGAGUGACGGGACUUGGUCCAACUCUCCUGCAGAACUGAUGUUAAUCUUGGGCGCGGGAAUUGCAAGCCUCGUGAGCAUUAUCUCGCUUUGAUGGUGGCAGACCCGCGACAAGGAUGUUCCAGCCGGGAAUCGACCCGGUUUGCUUGGGAAGCUAGAGGAAUCCAUCACCUUCGAGAAGCGAAAUCACUGGCGGUCUUUUCUGUAUCGAAUGCGAAGAGCAGCGGUUCAUGCAGGUCGACCCGCUCGCACAGGGCAGCCAAUGACCACUUUGGUAGAGAAGAGAGGCUAGUAGCCUAACGGUACCCGGGGAGCAUGGAGGCUUGAGCAAGCGGCUGGCCCUACUUCUUAGGGAUUGCCCUAAGGGAUUUCCGUGGGAUCAUCCCCUUUUCACACCGUGACAGUUAUGACAUAAUGUGGCACGAAUUUGUGAAUUUGAAUUGUUCCUUGAGAGAUGUCUGAAACUCUUCUGAGAACUUGACGCAUACCAGAACGGAGUAUACAGAUCGUCGGAAAUAGGGUCAUCCGAACGGUUACCCCUGUCCUUGAUACACGUCGAAUACACUUUUCGAGGAGGAAAGGGAGGUGCGCAGGAGGGUGACGUUGGAGGGUCGAGUCGUGUCCCGAUGAUCGUUUCCCCUUUUUCUCCCCAAAGUGAUGCCCAAUUGCCCAUCACCCGUUGUGGAAGUUUAUUAGCCCUAGCAGGCCACCCCAGGAGAGAGGAAAGGCUGUCUAGCCCCGUUGGCCGCAUUACGGGGCGCAGGCGAGCAGCUUUUGAGAGAGAAUUGGGCACCAUGAUCUGCGAACCCAUGUCUUUUCCUCGAGCUAGAGCCUCUUUGAGUUGCACUCGAAGGGAACGCUGAGCCCUCGCAAGUCAUUUAUACGAAUUG